AUGUUUUUGCUGCCGCGGCCGCGCCGCGACCUCCCGUUUGUUUGGCUCUCGCACUCCUGCGCGGAGGAAGCACCUCCCGACGGGUGCGGAGGAAGCAUCUCUCCGACGGGUGCAUCGUGCAUGUUCGCGCUGCCGCUAGCCGUCGCCGCCGCCGCCCUCGCCCUGCGCGCCGGCACGCCACGGAUGAGCAUUGCAAGUGACGCGGAGCGGUGGAUCACAAGCAACUUGGGCUCCAUCACGUCGAAGCGGUCUAUGGGCGGCGGCAGCGGCUGGGCCAGCCUCACGCGCUACGCCGUCGAGGGGCACGAGAAGGAGCUGGUCGUCAAGGCGUCCGGCUCGCGCCCUCUCGAGUCCAUGUUCCUCGGCGAGGCGCUCGGCCUCCGCGCGCUCGGCGCCUCGGGCUCGAUGGCGGUGCCAGAGGUGUUUGCCUUCGAAGACGGCUCCAACGGCGGAUCGUUUCUCAUCAUGGAGUACAUGGACAUGGGCGGGCGCGUCGACCAGGAGGAGUUCGGCCGGCUGAUGGCUCAGAUGCACCUCGCGGAGCCGCUGGCCAAGGAGGCGAGGGAGGGCAGGUUCGGGUUCGACGUCGACAACACCAUCGGCGCGACGCCGCAGCCAAACGCGUGGACCGCGGGCAGCGGGACCGCCGCCUGGGUCGAGUUCUUCCGCGACAAGCGGAUCGGCUUCCAGGUGCGUAAGGCUGCCGACGCGCGCCUCCGCAAGCAGUGGGAGGCGACGCUCGACGCGACGGACGGCCUCGCGGACCUGUUCGAGGGGCUGGACGUCAAGCCGUCGGUGCUGCACGGCGACCUGUGGAGCGGCAACAUCGCGUCCGCGAAGGGCGUGCCCUGCAUCUUCGACCCGGCGGUCUACUACGGCCACCACGAGGCCGAGUGGGGCAUGAGCUGGUGCGCGUCGCUCGGCCCCGCCUUUUGGCAGGGCUACCGCUCGCUGGUCCCAAAGGACGAGGGCUUCGAGCGCCGCUUCGCGCUGUACGAGGCGUACCACCAGCUCAACCAUUACAACCUCUUUGGCGGCGGCUACUACAACGCCGCGCUCUCGCGGCUCGCGCAGGUCGAGAGCGGCUGA